CGGUCACGUGAGCCCGCCCUCGCGACAGAAGCCGGCAGGCGACCUGGACAUGAGCUCGCAGCCCCCCCCGGCCCUGCCCUGGGCCCUGGCCCUUCUGCUGGCGCUGCAGCUGCGCAGCCUGGCGGCGGCGGCCCACAGCCCCCAGAGCCCGGCUUUCGGGAGGUCUACUUCGAGCAGCUCCUGGAUCAUUUCAACUUCGAGAGGUUUGGAAACAAGACCUUUCGCCAGAGGUUCCUGGUGUCAGGUGAGGUCACUUGGGGACCGCUCAGGGUGUCGGGGGAGAACCUACGGCUACACCCCUCACCCGGCCCCUCGCCUUCCUCCAACAGACAAGUUCUGGAAGAAGGGCGAGGGGCCUUUGUUCUUCUACACGGGCAACGAGGGGGACGUGUGGUCCUUCGCCAACAACUCGGGGUUCAUCCUGGAGCUGGCGGCGCAGCAGGCGGCCCUGGUCGUCUUUGCUGAGCACGUGGGUACCAGCGGGGUCGCCUGGGCAGGGCGGGACCCAGCGAGGGCGGGCGCGGGCUCAGCGUCUGCCGGUCGCCUGCCCACAGCGGUACUAUGGGAAGUCGCUCCCAUUCGGUGAGCGGUCCACGUGGCGCGGCUACACGGAGCUGCUGACGGUGGAGCAGGCCCUGGCUGACUUCGCGAGGCUGCUCCGGGCACUGCGGCAGGACCUUGGGGCCCAGGAUGCCCCCGCCAUCGCCUUUGGUGGGAGGUGUGUCCUCACCUCCUUUCUCUCCUGGGACAAAGGCGUGUUUGGUCCUGGCCAGAGAUUCUGUGGGUCUGAGUUUUACCUGCUUCGGGGGCAGAGGGUGGGGGAGCUCCACGGAAGGUAGAGGGGGGAGUGGGGUCCGAGAUGCGCUCCAGCCGGCGGGAGGUGGCGCAGAGUGGUGGGUGGUGGGCGCGGGUGGGGGGCACCAUGCUAAUCUGGUGCCCCCGCCCAGCUACGGGGGAAUGCUCAGCGCCUACCUGAGGAUGAAGUACCCCCACCUGGUGGCGGGGGCACUGGCGGCCAGCGCACCUGUUGUCUCCGUGGCAGGCCUUGGGGACCCCUACCAGUUCUUCCGGGACGUCUCAGCAGACUUUGAGGGCCAGGGUCCCGAGUGUGCCCAGGGCGUGCGGGACGCCUUCCGGCAGAUCAAGGACCUGUUCCUACAGGGAGCCUAUGACACGGUCAGCCAGGAGUUCGGCACCUGCCAGCCGCUCUCGGGCCAGAAGGACCUGACCCAGCUCUUUGGCUUUGCCCGGAACGCCUUCACCCUGCUGGCCAUGAUGGAUUACCCGUACCCCACCGACUUCGUGGCGCACCUUCCUGCCAACCCCGUCCAGGUGGCCUGUGACCGACUGCUGAGCAAGAGCCAGAGGAUCAAGGGGCUCCGAGAGCUGACGGGGCUGGUGUACAACUCCUCUGGCACGGUGCCCUGCUAUGACAUCUAUGCGCAGUACCAGGCCUGUGCAGACCCCACAGGCUGUGGCUCAGGUCCCAAUGCCAAGGCCUGGGACUACCAGGCCUGCACUGAGAUCAACCUGACUUUUUCCAGCAACAAUGUAUCGGACAUCUUCCCUGACCUGCCUUUCACGGAAACUCUCCGCCAGCAGUACUGCCUGGACAUGUGGGGCGUGUGGCCCCGGCAGGACUGGCUGCAGACCAGCUUUGGGGGGGGCGAACUCACAGCUGCCAGCAACAUCAUCUUCUCCAAUGGUGACCUGGACCCCUGGGCAAGGGGUGGGAUCCAGAGCAACCUGAGUGCCUCAGUCCUCGCCAUCACCAUCCAUGGGGGGGCACAUCACCUGGACCUCAGGGCGUCCCACCCAGCAGACCCCGCAUCCGUCGUGGAGGCUCGCAGGUUGGAGGCCACCCUCAUCGGCAAGUGGGUUGAGGCGUCCAGGCGGGAGCAGCGGCUGAGGCUGGCACAGCACCCAGAGCACAGAGGCUGAGGAUGCUCCCCUGGCAGGAGUGGAGGACUUGCUGGGCUCCUUGCACAGUCAAGGGGAGGAGCCAAGACCCAACUUCCUGAACCCAGAGCCCCCCCACACCCCCAGUGUGGGCAGGGCCUCACCCGAGAGAGAGGUCAAACAACUGGUGACCUGGCAGGGGCGUCCUGGCCCGUGUCUGGUCCCAGCUGAAGCCUGGGACACCGUGAACCUGCUCACACAACUUCCACUAUUCAGCUCUUCAAUAAAGCAGACUCGGCUC